GUGAUCCUUAACACGUCUGAGAUCUACGGGCACUACUUCCUGGAAGGCUUGUUCGUGCAGAUGAGACCCGUCACGUGCGCGAACACUUCCGUCGGAACGUUCUCUAUUGCGACGAGGGACAACUUCCUCAAAACAAUGGACUGCUUCGCUAAACCCGCGAGCGCCAUAGCGCAUUACUCGAACGAGCAUAUCCACGAACGCACUUUCUAUUGGACAGCGCCAUCUACAGCCAGCGGCCAUCUUUAUCUCAGAGCUCCCCUCGCCAGAAACCUGGAGAACUUCUGGACGAACGUGUUCAGCGAUUUUAUCCUUGACGCAACCAUUCCGAAUGCAUCUCCUACCACACUGAAGACCUGCGCCGUGAUGUCAAAACAAACUUCCGGUGUUCCCAUAGCAACCAGCAGCAGCGUCGUGAUUUUUACAGCUCUCGUUGUUAUGGCCUUUGUCACAAAGUUGAAGAAUUGAUAACUUGUAUUUGUCGAUAUAUAUGCUUCAUUAAGUUUCUUACUCGAAAUA